AUGGCGACUGACACCGUCCAUAUUUCCGAAAUUUCCCUGGUGGAUACUCCCACGAAGUCAGUUACCUUAGGCCCUGAGAGAGCUACGAUUGUCCGUGAGAUCCUGGGUGUCCCUAUCAAGCCAGGUCCGAAUGAAAUAGUUAUCUAUGGGGUGGACCCUCAAGUUGACCCUGACUCGAUUCGUGUGUCUGGUCAUGGCCCUGGCACCAUAACCGACAUACAGACUACCACAGUGACGCAAAGGACUCCCUUCGAAGAGCUGUUUCCUGGCUGUGAAGUCGAGCCUGGUGAUGACGAUAUUGACGAGGAAGAUCCGGACGACAAUUUCGGGGUUGAUAGAUCGGAACUCUCAACUGCGGAGACGGAGUUGAAGGCUUUAGAGUCCGACCUUGCUGCAGCAGAGAGAGAACGGCAAACUGCAAAGAAGUCACUCGAGGUCCUGGAUGACUAUGGUAAAACUAUCAAGGCAGGCGAUGUGCCUGCCGCGAAGUUAGAAGAGUAUCUCCGUGGUUAUCAGACUCAGGUCUCGGCAUUGGGUGAAGUUUUGUACAAUUGUGACAACAAAGUAGCGGAAAUUUCCGAGAAGAAAAUGAGAGUAUGCCGCAAGGUGAAUAAGCUUUCUGUAGCAUUCAAUCGAGCUCGAGACGCAGCUGCAAAGCCCGAGCGCGAUAGCAGGAAGAGGAAGUUGCACGAGCGUAAUGUCGUGGUUGCGGAAAAGCGAAGGCGCCGAAACGAGCAUUAUCAAUUUUAUCCGUCGGAGGUGGGCAUGGUUACGCUAUUCCUGGACGGCUUUCCCAACCUCAAUCCAAACGCCAGCGGUCAAAAUCAUACGACUUUGGCUACCGAUUCCCUUGAGAGAACGGGGAAAAUAAACCUUUCUCUGACCUAUGUGACGAAGAAGGCGGCGUGGGUUCCCGCUUACGAGUUGAGUCUGACGACAGUAACCCCGGCCGGAAAAGGGGUAUAUUUGGCAGAGUAUCAUAAUUCGAGCUCUGAGGUAUGGCGCGAUGCAAAGCUCGCGUUGUCCACGUCCGAGACUUCCUUUGGUGGACUUGGGGAGAAGCUUCCAUUGCUCAAGGCGUGGCAUGUGAAUUUACACAAGGAAAAAUCUGAGGAAAUAAGUAACGCUGAUAGCUGGCGCAGCGGCUUGGAGAAUCCCGCUGAAAUCAACUCCAGAAUGGCUCUAGACCGCAUCGCAUUUGUUAAGAAAAAUACCAAUACUCUACCGACAAUAUCGCCCAGUCUUUUGAUGAAUAAAACGGCUAACCAAACGGAGUUUGUGGCGGGCCAACAACAUUCAUUACAACAGGUACUGCAACGGCAGCAACAGCUGAUACACAAUCACCGCAUGCGACAGCAGCAACAGCAGCAACAAGUGCAACAAGUGCAAUUGGCCAACAUAGCCCAAUCGCAGAGGAUGCUUCCGCCUCCUCCAUCCGCUACCGCACCUAUAUCACCUCCACUGGCAUCUGUCCCUAUGAUAUCAGGCAAUCCCCUCGAAGAUGAUGACGCCACUAUUGAUGGCGACUCAAUAGAGCCUGAAUCGAAUGCGCUCACUUUCCAAGAAUCGUCCCGGCAUGAUCACGGUUUGACAACCAGCUACGAUAUACCAGGACGCCGAACCCUCCGCCCUUCGUCACUGAAACGCCGUCAUGUAAUCGCCGAGCUUGAUUUCCCCAAAGUCGAAUUCUCCCAUGUGAUCAUCCCCAAACUCCGUCCCGCUGCUUUUCUCCGCGCCAAGGUCCUCAACACAUCAUCGCUGACACUUCUCCGUGGACAAGUCGGUGUCACCCUUGACGGCACAUUCAUGGGAAUCGCAGUACUUCCUGGCAGCCGUCCAGACACUACCCUUAGCCUAAGCCUUGGCGUCGACCCAGGGAUUCAGGUCUCUUAUGCUAAACCCAGCUUGAAGCGGAUGUCUGGUGGAUUUUUUGCAGGAGGAUUAGAGACUGCAGUAUUUACACGUUCAUGUCGGAUCACCAAUACCAAGUCGGCCGCGGUUUCGUUGGUGGUGCUCGAUCAGGUACCCGUCAGCCAAAACGAAAGUUUGAAGGUUAAUAUUUUGGAACCUAAGGGGCUAGAUAAAGAAGGCGAUUCUGCCACUGUACUUCUUGAUAGCAGUGCCGUCAAGACGGGCUGGGGUUCUGGACGGAUAACGAGACUUAAAGGGGGGGAAAUUAUGUGGCAGCUUGAGGUUGAAAAGGGGAUGGAGGUAAAGUUGACACUGGUUUAUGAGGCGAAAAUGCCAACUGGACAGCAGAUCGUCGGGGUUCAUUGA